CCCUCCUCUCCACACAAACGACAAGGUAUAAUGGCUCCCCUUGUGUGUGUGUGCACCAUGGUGGUUGACUGACUUGUAAUGCAGCUCUGAAUGAAUAUUCGAGUUCCCCCCGGCCGGCCGGGUCUUGACACCUUCUGAAUGAAGACACCUGUCUAAUCUCCCUCACUCUCUCCUUGCUCCUCUAACAACAGCUCCUGAAGUGACUCCUGGGUCUGAAGAAAUAAUUACACACAGGAAUAGUCUGAAAGCUGAGCACAAGGAUUCUUUCUCGACGUUUUUUUUCCAGGACUUUUAUUAGCGGAAAAGGAAAAGAAGACUGCAUUCUUUCACGCCACGAGAUUAUUUCAUCAAUCUACCGAGUCUACACAGACUUCAUCGGAAUGGAGCUUCAGAAGAUGAAUGGACACAGUCGAGAUGACGGGUUUGAUGGCCUGGACGCCAUGGCUGAGCAUGAUGAGUUCCUCCCUCAUAAAGCUGGUGGUGCCAAAAAAGAAACCCACUUCACAGAUUUCGAGGGGAAGACCUCCUUCGGAAUGUCGAUUUUUAACCUCAGUAACGCUAUAAUGGGAAGUGGAAUUCUGGGACUGGCUUUUGCGAUGUCCAACACCGGAAUCAUUCUUUUUAUAAUCCUGUUGAUUUUCAUUGCCAUUCUUUCGGCAUACUCAAUCCACCUCCUGCUGAAAAGCGCAGGCGUCGUCGGCAUCCGAGCAUAUGAGCAGCUUGGAAACAGAGCUUUUGGUCCUGCGGGGAAACUUUUGGCUGCCGUUGUUAUCACAGUACACAACAUUGGAGCAAUGUCCAGCUACCUCUUUAUUGUCAAGUCUGAGCUACCUCUGGUCAUUCAGGCUUUUCUGGGCAAACAGGAAAACACUGGAGAGUGGUUCUUGAAUGGAAACUAUUUGAUCAUCAUUGUUAGUGUUGCCAUCAUCCUUCCUCUUGCACUCAUGAAACAACUCGGUUAUUUGGGUUACACAAGUGGCUUCUCCCUUUCUUGCAUGGUGUUUUUCCUUUUUUCGGUGAUUUAUAAGAAAUUCAACAUCCCUUGUCCACUGGACAGUCAUCAUAACACAUCAUCAUCGAUGCAUCUCGUUUAUGACAACCUCACAGCCACUGAGGAGGAUGACGUCUUCUGUGAUGCCAGGCUAUUCACCAUCAAUUCACAAACGGCGUACACCAUCCCGAUUCUGGCUUUUGCGUUUGUCUGCCACCCGGAGGUGCUACCCAUCUACACCGAGCUAAGAGAUGCCACCAAGAAGCGUAUGCAGAAUGUUGCCAACAUUUCCAUCCUGGCCAUGUUCAUCAUGUACCUGCUAACAGCCCUUUUUGGCUACCUCACCUUCUAUGGUGCUGUGGAGUCCGAGCUGUUGCACACUUACAUUCGUGUGGAUGCUCUGGAUGUCCUGAUCCUUUGUGUGCGCCUCGCCGUGCUGAUGGCUGUCACUUUAACCGUACCCGUGGUUCUCUUCCCGAUCCGAAGAGCCAUCCUCCAGAUCUUGUGCCCCGACAAGCCGUUCCAAUGGGCCAGACACAUUGCCAUAGCGUUUUGCCUCAUCUUUUUGGUCAACCUGCUGGUCAUCUUCGUGCCCUCCAUCCGCGACAUUUUUGGACUCAUCGGAGCCACAUCAGCCCCCAGCCUCAUCUUCAUCCUACCUGGAAUCUUUUACAUACGAAUCAUUCCAUCAGAGCAAGAACCCUUUCUAUCGAGACCCAAAAUUCAGGCUGCAAGCUUUGCUGCUUUGGGAUUCAUCUUCAUGAUUGUGAGUUUGUCAUUCAUCUGCAUGGACUGGGCGAGUGGAGAGAACCGAAGUUCAGGUGGACACUAGACGCUCUUGAGAAGCCAACAAUAACACAAUGUGAACCAAAGCCAUUCCCUUCGAUUCAUUAACCUUGGUUGUUCCCAGCAGCCAAUCAGCACACGCUAAUAGAUGUUAACACCGCUUAUUUGACUCCUGAAGGGGCAGACCGGUGGAACGGAGAACAUAAGAUGCAUGUUCUAAAUGAUGUUCCAACAUUUACCAAGGGCCCUAAAAUAAGGAUGGUGCUUGUGGUGAAACACUAAAGAAAAAAAUGGCAACAUUAUGACUCAGAUGGGAAUCCCAUUGAGGAUAUAUGGGUGUGAAUGUUCCGUGGAAAAGCUACGCCACUGCCAAAGCUAUCUUUAUUUACUUCCCAUAUCUUGUAAAACAAUGCAAAUAAUAUCCUUGGCAUCAAAUUUAAUACAACAUUUCAUAUGCAAAUGUUGUUUCCAUUUCAAAAUACAUUGUAUAGUUGAUGGUGAAAUGUUGUGCAAAUAACAUCCACCCUAAAAGAUGAGGGUUAGAUGAGGCCAUUUUAACAGUAUGCACAUGUUUGUUGACUUUUGCUUGAAGUUAUGUCACGUUUUAGCUAACCUACUCUGACAAGUACGACUAUUGUGGAGUCCGAAGGGUGAUUGUGCAAAGUGUGUAACAGAAAAUGAUGCAACAUGUGGGCUUUUGCUGCUGUAAAUGAAGACGAACAGAAAAAAUCAUAAUGGCGUCAUCUGUUGUCGCAGAGCAAAGAAUGCAGUUACUGUAUAAAAUAUUGAGCUAUAAAGUAUAAUAGUUUUUAUUAGCAGUCAACAUGGCAAUCAGUGGCAUGCGGAUCUCAUAAGUGGAUCGGUUGUCCUUUUUUCUAUGUACAUUUUGACUAAAAUGUAUUUUGACGUUGUUUAUUCUUCUUGCACAUUGUUAUUUAAUUUCACUUGAAUCUAUCAAUAAAAUAUGUCUCAUUUGUA